AUGUUGACUUCACCAAUUUUUUUUAUUAUGUACAUAGUUAUUAUGUUUCCUGAAUUUUAUACUCAAAAAAAAACUUUAUAUAAAGACAAACUGGAAUCAAAUAAAUUGAAUGAAUGUAGUCGUUGUAAAUUAUUAACAGAAUCUUUUACUUACUGGCUUGAUAAGACAGCUCGAGGAAAACACGAAGGUGGUGAUGCUGCAUGGGAAGAAGCAAAAUUAAAAUCAUAUUCUCAAAGUGAAAUGCGUCUAGUUGAAAUACAAGAAAGCUUAUGUUCUGAAUUAAAAACCAAUCAAGACAGUUGCUACGCAAUUGCAGAAGACUCAGAAGAUGCUCUGGAAAGUUGGUGGUUUCAUGAAGACCUUGACAAAUUAAAUUUAUAUAACUGGUUAUGUAUUGAAAAUCUUCAACAUUGUUGUCCAUCUAAUUAUUACGGACAGACGUGCUCCCCUUGUCCUCAAAGCGAGGAAAAUGUGGUAUGUAGUGGAAAUGGGAAAUGUGACGGUGAUGGAACUAGGAAGGGUAAUGGCACUUGUAUUUGUAAAAAAGGAUAUACUGGUAACAUUUGUAAUGAAUGUACAAAGAACUUUUACAAGAAUCAUAUGCAAUCAUGUAAGCCUUGCCAUUAUGCAUGUGAUGAAUGCCAUAAUGAUAGUGUAACUGCAUGUGUCAAUUGUGCUGCAGGUUGGAGAAUGAUGUCUAAUGUAUGUAUUGAUGUGGAUGAAUGUCUUGAUUCUUCAGUAAAACUUGUCACAAUUGGAGUGAUCUUUGGUGAAAAAGAAAUGUUGGUAUACAUUGAAGACGUUUCU